AGCAGAAGAUUUAGCCGGAGCAUAUUCCAUUUCCAUAUUCAGUAAACAGCAGCCUCAUCGUCGUCCUUCCUUAUCUUUUUCAAUAUCCUAAAACUAUCCGAUGGCUUUCUGAGAGGGUUUGAAGUUGGAGUACAGAUACAGAAACCCUCUCUCAGCUCACUGGACUCAUCGAAUGACGUACAAAAAUCGAAGAUGAAUCCUCUCCGCAAUUCAAUUGAAGUUGUUCCCCUCAGAGCUGCUUGUUCUUUAUUGGCAAUUCCGCUUCCCUACCUCCAGAAAUCCCAACUCCAAAUUACUCGCAAUGCCUCAUUCAAACCCCAAGGAUUGCGAUCAAUUUCGCAAUCACGGCCGCGAAUCAAAGCCAGCGCGGCCGACCACGCCGCCGAGAUCGACAUGGUGAGGACCAGAGAAGGCGUCUACGCCGCUGGGCCCAACAAAGUGGUGGUGCUAUGGGACCUGGACAACAAGCCGCCGCGGGGCCCGCCGUACCAGGCUGCGAUGGCCCUCCGGCAGGUGGCGGAGCGGUUCGGAGAAGUGGUCGACAUCUGCGCCUACGCCAACCGUCACGCAUUCAUCCACCUUCCCCACUGGAUCCUCGAGGAGCGCCGUGACAGGCGCCAGCUCGACUUCCUUGAGCGCAAGGGCUUGGCGACGCCGGCCGAGCCCUACGUGUGCGGCGUCUGCGGCCGCAAGUGCAAGACCAACAUCGAUCUCAAGAAACACUUUCGCCAGUUGCACGAGCGCGAGCGGCAGAAGAAGCUCAACAGAAUGAAGUCGUUGAAAGGGAAGAAGCGCCAGAGAUUCAAGGAGAGGUACAUAGAUGGGAACCACAAGUACGUGGAGGCUGCGAGGACUCUUCUCAAUCCGAAAGUCGGCUAUGGGCUUGCGGCGGAGCUGAGGCGCGCUGGAGUUUAUGUGAAGACGGUGCAGGAUAAGCCGCAGGCGGCGGAUUGGGCGCUAAAGAGGCAAAUGCAGCAUUCUAUGAGCCGGGGGAUUGAUUGGUUGUUCUUGGUUUCGGAUGAUUCGGAUUUCUCCGAGAUGUUGAGGAGGGCGAGGGAGGCGAAUUUGGGGACGGUGGUCGUCGGGGAUUGGGACAGGGCAUUGGGGAGGCAUGCGGAUUUGUGGGUUCCAUGGAUAGGUGUUGAGAAUGGAGAGGUUUCGGAGAAGGAUUUGGUACCAAGGAGUCGGAGGAGAGUUGAAUUCGCGAGGAAAGAUGAUGAAACAUUUUCGGUUACUCAGUUUGAUGGUGAAGUUGGAAUUAAGGGGAAUUUGGACAGUGUAGUUGAUGAACUUGUUGCAGUGAGGACUGACUUUCAUAAUUUGGAGAUAUCAACCUUUUCGGACGGGGAAGAGGAAGAAUGGGCAAGUGGUGAAGAAAGUCAGGAUUCUGAAGAAGAUGGUGAUUUCUUAUUGGAUAGUGAGGACGAGGAAGUGGAAGAGGAUGAUGGUUACUUUUGAUACAUAGAAGUUUAAUUAUGACUGAAGUGAACGAGCUAAGGUUUUGGGCUAAUUCCAUUAUGUAGAUUACAAAGAUUUCUGGGGGAUACCUUUGGAAAAUGAACAGAUGGAACAAUGAAAAAUGUGACUGUUGCGGCAGAGUAGCCUAUAGGAAGGAUGGACUUUGCUUGUUUCUUGAAUGUACAGUUUUUGUGGUUUAGGAAUUUUUUGGAAUGCAUUACAUGUCCAUCAUCAUUCAUCUGACUGCCCUCUGCAUUAUAAGGUCCAAAUUUGCUCUUGCCCCAUUUAUAGUGUAAUCUCACAGAAGUAUGGCCCAGUUUUCAACUUCUCAAUUGAAAGCUCAUAUUUUUGGUA